AUGGCCUCUAGCUCUACCGCUUUCUACCUCAAGGACGCUGGUUUUCACAUUCGUAAUGUCCCAAAAGAAUGGAACGACUGGAAUUUGUUCCAUGUUUUCCAAAGCUUCGGAAGAGUCGGUUAUUGUCGCGUCGCCGGACAUUCCAACGAUAUGCAACUGGGAUUUGUCAACAUGUUGUCACAUGCCGACGCCGAAGCAGUUCGCAAAAAUUUAAAUGAUGGAACGCUCUUCGGGGAUAAUUAUACUUUGAAGGUCAGUGACCAUAAGAACAUUGGUGGAGCAUUCCUCCCGAUGGCUUCUAUUUCUGUACAGAAGCUUAUGACUUCCCCAACACCCAAGAAUAGCCCAGUUCUCCUUUCCUCAUCUUGGCUUCCGCUCAACAAAGACAUUGAAGUGGAAGUUGUUGAUUAUCUCCCAUCGUCUUCAGUUGCGGAAGAUAUCUUCGCUUUGACGAUCCUUCGUGUCAAUGACCCGUCGUCUAACGACAAAUACACUGUGAUGCACGAGAAAAUGAAUGCUUACGCUCAACUCGUCCCAUUCGAUUCGGACCUUCCAAUCGGUUACGACGGAGUUUUUCGAGAGUCACCUCGCUCUGUUCUACGUGUUCGUCGAAUCUCGGCAACUAAACUUUAUCUCGUAGAUUUCGGCAAAAUCAUAAACUACGAAAAGAGCAAAUGUUUCCAAAUGCCAAAAGUAUUCCAAUCAAUUCCUACAAGAGUUUCGCUUUGCGGUUUAGAUGGACUGACGUGGUCCCCAGCCGCGAUUCCAUCGUUUGACAAUAUUCGAGAUGUUGUUCAGAAAUGGGGACAAAUGGAAAACUCCACUCUUCACGCCACCGCUUGCGGUUUCAAUGGUUCUAUCAACAUGAUCAGUCUAUUCUGUGGAAAAUCGAUUCUCGCUGAACGCCUUCAACGAAAGGGAGUUUGCGAGUAUCUACCACGUAGUCAACAACCUCGUUUCGCUUACUCUCGGGAUACUCUGCUGCAGCAUAACAACAGCGGAACUACUGCUCAAAUUUCGAAUGACAACGAUGUGGUUAAUGACCUUCUGAAGAAGAUCGACGGCAUCAAAAUCAUGCUUCGUGACCUCGAUCUCUAA